UUCUCGCUCGUUCUCUGGCACUCUCUUUUUCUCUGGAAAGAGAACAACAGCUGCCACCUCCCAUUGGAAAGCAAAUCCAUGCUCCACAAAACACACAGAUAGACCCACUAGCUAGCCCACCAAGCCACACACAGAGAGAAAACGCUCCACCAAAACAUCAUAUCCCAGGAACAUCAUCACCAUCACCAUAUCCUCCACAAUAAGAGAGAGAAAAUAUAGCAUUUCUUUAUCUUUUUCUAUAUCAGUCCAUUAAAUUAUUAUUAUUAUUAUGGAAGGUGAUCCUCAUCAUAGUCAAAACGGGAUCCACAGGCCCAAUUUCCCAUUACAACUGUUAGAGAAAAACGAUGAGCGCCAAAUUGAAGCCAGCGCCGCGCCGAAGAAGCCGCCGCCGAAGCGCACGUCCAUGAAGGACAGGCACACGAAGGUCGACGGUCGGGGGCGGCGAAUCCGGAUGCCGGCGGCGUGCGCGGCCAGGGUGUUCCAGCUGACGCGCGAGCUCGGCCACAAGUCCGACGGCGAAACCAUCGAGUGGCUGCUCCAACAGGCAGAGCCCGCCGUGAUCGCCGCCACGGGCACCGGCACAAUCCCCGCCAACUUCACUUCUCUCAACAUCUCGCUCCGCAGCGCCGGCUCCUCCCUCUCUUCUCCCUCUCACUUCUUCAACCGCCACGUCACCAGUAACUACUUCACCAACAAUAAUAACAACCCCUUCUCAACACCACCACCACCAUUCUCUUCUAGAAACAACCUGGUUCUGCAAGAUUCUAGAAGGGCCUUGUUCCCCGACGCCAACUGUUUUUUCAAUUUCGAUUCUGUUGGUAACGGCAAUGCUGUUAAGAGAAGGAGAAGGGAAGGUGAAGAGGAAGUGACAGCGUCACCGAGUCAUUUAGGAAGCUGUUUGUCGCAGUCGAGUACUGGGUCGAUUCCAGCGAGUAAUGCUUCGGUUCCAGCGAGUUUUUGGAUGAUGAGUGGUUGUGAUUCCAUUUGUGCAAUUCCCUCCGUUGGGAAUAGUGGUUUGUAUAAAGGGACUGUGUCCAACUCUAACUCUUCUGCUGGUGGGAUUCAUUUUAUGAAUUUUGCUUCUCCAAUGUCUCUAUUGCCUGGUCAACAGCUAGGUUCAGGUGGUGCAAUGCUCCCUGAAAGCAACUUGGGUAUAAUUGCGUCCCUUAAUGGGUAUAGGCCUAUUCCGGCCAACGAGGAACAUUGUGGAGAUAGUAAGAAUGAUGUUGCAAGUGUAUGACCUGCUGCUGCAGCUUUUUUUAUUUUGUUGGUACUAAUUUUGUUAAUUUUAUAUUAUAUAUAUUUUUAUACAUUUUCCAAUACAUGCAGGCACAAGU